AUGUCUGUGGAACACAACGUGACCAAGGUUCUGCUGGAAUGGAUCAACAGCUUCUCACUGGGCAAAACACUUCGCGCCCCGGAGGAAUUGACUGACGGAAUAAUCUUAUGGGAAAUCCUCCAAGAUAUCGAUCCUCAAUAUUUUCUCGACGAGAUACCCGAGCGCAACCCCGAAAACCACUGGGUAGCCAAAUGGCAGAACCUAAAACAUGUCCACAAGCUCCUUUUAAGCUAUAUCCGACACCAGAAUGAUGACUCGCUGCCAUCCGGUCUCGACCCGUCCCCAGAUCUCGAAGCCAUCGCAGAGAAAGCCUCUUCCAAAGAAACGAAUAAAUUGCUGAAACUCCUCUUGAUCGCUGCCAUCAGCUCACCCAACGCCGAGACAUACGUGCAGACCCUCCAGGGACUGACCACUUCGACCCAGGAGGGUCUCAAGGAUAUUAUUGAGGAGGCACACAAUGGCCAGCAUGAGCCCAUGCAUGCGGCAGACGAACUUCGAGAGGAUCUGGCGAAGCGAGAUCACCCGGUGGAUCUGGAACUGCAAUUCGAGGAGCGGGUCGGAAAGGUGCUAGCGGAGAACGAUCGUCUAUCACACGAGAAAAAGGAGCUGGAGAAGGCACUGGAGGACCUACAUAAUCGAUUGGCGCGCUUGCAAGAGAACAAUGACACCCUUCAGAAUCGAUUGGCUUCCACCGAGGAUCGUUUGGUGACCCUGAAGUCUGGCAAGGGCGAUCUGGGGUUCAAUGCCAAGGCGUUGGAGAGCAAGACUCGACAACAAGAUGAUCUCAUCGCAUCCCAAGAGGCCAAACUCACCGCCGCCCAAGAUGAGGUGGACAGCCUCCGCAUGAACGUCGAGUCAUUGAAGGUCAAGAACCAACGGUAUCAAAAGUUACAAGAUGACUAUGACGAGCUCCGUACGGACCGAGAUCAGUUGGCCCGCAAGGCGAAUGCGGCUGAAAAGUAUCGCCAGAAGCUGCAGGCUAGUCAGGACUUUGAGAAAGAAAACCAGACCCUGAAGAAUCAGAUCAAAGAUCUCCAGCAGCAGCUGAAGGAGUCUGAUUCGCAGCAACGAUGGACCUCGGAACAUGAUGUGGAGCUGGAGGAGUACCGCAAACUUCUUCCUCGCAUUGAGCAAGAGUGCAAUGAAAUUCAGAAUCUCAAAAAGCAGCUCGAAUUCAACAACCAUGCGCUUACUGAACGACUUGAAAGUGCGGAUGAACAACAUGAGAGAGAUGAUGCCUUGAUAAGUGAGCUCCGAGAACGCCUUCGAGAAUUAGAAGGCCUGCCCGGUAGUCCCUCGCCAGGCUCGGAGACCCCUAAGAUGCAAGGAACACUGUCCAAAGACUUUGAAUCUAUGAGCAUGAAAGACUCUCAGCUCAAACCCGACAAUGACGAAUUGAAGCGAGAGGUGGAAUCAGUGAAAGCACCAUCUGCUCCGGGAUCGCACACAGAAGGCUUUUCUGAGAACUUCAACACAUCUGUGCAACUCGCCCGCUCUAACUCCACGCAAAGUGAUGAAUACUGGAAACUAUACGAAACCUAUACUGGCACGUUGAAAAGACUUGCAGAAAUCCAGGAUAGUCUGGAAAGCACCAAAAAGGAUCUAUCUGAUGCCCAGACCCAAAUUGGUCUUGUCGAUGUGGAGAAGGCGGACAUGCUCCGUGAACUUGAAGAGCAUAACUCUGCCGAGUUAGCCAAGCUCCGUGGGGACUGGGGUAUUCUCACGCAGAAUGUACACCAUCUAGAAGCGGAAGUGGACGCAAGCCAAACCUUAGUUCGCGAGGUCUGCGCUGAACGAGAGGAGCUGCGUAAGAUGCUCGACAAUAAGCAGAACGAGAUCAGCGUCGAGGAUCAAGAGGUCAUGAAUGAGAUGCAGAUGCUGCUGGGCGAAUUUGAGAUUCACAAUAGCGAGGGCGGUGAAAUUCCUCAAAAAUCAAGCUUCGAGCUGCUCAAGCAGUGCGCCGGGGUAUUGGAGAAGAAUGUCGAGCGUCUAGCUCAGCGUGCGGAGUAUAUCCAGCAGCAGAAUGAACUCAUCAAGUCACUUCGAGAGAGCAUGAAGAAUUAUGAGGAAAAUCUGGAUGAUGGCAUUCCCAAAGAACGUGAAAUUGAACUUCAAAAAACCAUUGACGACCAAGCCCGAGAGCUCAGUCUUGUGAGCUCAGCUUGGUAUCAUCUUCAAAGUCGGUGGCAGAAUAAUAACAUGACCAUCUCACGCUAUCGCCAAGGCGCCAGUAUGACAGAUCCACGAGGCUGGCUGGCUAAGCAAAGAAGCGUUGUUGCUGGCCAAUAA